UCACAUGACCCAUCCAUGUCAGGAAGCCGGAAUUACUUGCAGGGCUGACCUAGUGCCUAUAGCUACGGCAGGUACCUGCAUCCUUGUUUUUGUUUAGCGGAUCCUCUAUCCUUCAGAGACUCUGGAACCCCUGUGGUCUUCUCCUCAUCCAAUGACCCUGAGGUGAUGAAGUUUUCCAGAGAGGAAUGUCCCAAGCCUUCGGGUAGGGUAAGCAUCAUGGCCGCCAGCUUCACAGGAUUGCUUCUACUUCAGGCAGUGUCAUGGGCAUCAGGUAGGUGGCGCCCCUGCAUCCCUAAAAGCUUCAGCUACAACUUGGUGGUCUGUGUCUGCAAUGCCACAUACUGUGACUCUCUUGAUCCCCUGACCUUUCCUGCCCUCGGUACCUUCAGCCGCUAUGAGACUACACGCAGUGGGCGACGGAUGAAGCUGAGUACGGGGACCAUCCAGGCCAAUCGCACAGGCACAGGUAACCAUUACACCCUUCACCCCCCAGGCCAGGCUGGGUCCUCUUAG